AAAAAACAUAAGAUAAGAGACUAGGAAUUAAUGAAAGGCCCUUAAAAAAAUGAAAUUAUUACUAAAUCUUUGAUUAUUUAAUAAUAAUAAUACUUUGGGAUACUCUCGUCUGAACUCCCGGGCAAAAAAUGUCGGUGCUCGCUUAUUUUUUUCCCGGAAAGAUAUGAUAUUUUUCUUUUUUAAUACUUGUAAUGUUUUUUUUGUGGAGUCACAUAAGCAGCAAAUAGUACUAAACUACAAGGUAAAAAGGAUGGAGCUUUUCGAGAAAUGCUCUAAAAACGUCUCAAAGGAAGAGAUACUGAUGGGAUGGGAUGGGAUGGGAUCGUCUUAAUUUUUGUGAUGCAAUUUCUUCUACAGAAAGACAAGAGAAAAGAAAAUGAUGGGUCUGAAGAAGAGUUGCUCUUCUCCUGAUUGUUCUUCAUCUUCUCCAAGCAGGAACUCGGAGAAGCAGAGUGUGAUUGUUGCAUCACCUUCAAGAUUCUCUUGCUACAGUGAACCGUCUGUAUCUAUUGAGAAGAGAUUACUAACUCAUAAGGAUUCUCACUGCAACGUAAUGCCAAAGUCUUCAGAAGAUUUGAGGAAGGAGAUUGCUUCGCUUGAGUUUGAGAUUCUGCGUACGGAACAGUACCUUCUCUCUCUUUACAGGACAGCUUUUGAUGAACAACAAGUUACUUCUUCUUCUUACUCUCCUCACACUGAAACAAGCUUAGUCUCCAAUCAGUUUUGUCCCAAAUCCGACCAAUCUGACCUCACCCGUGUCCUCAGCUACCAUUACCAACCUUCUCCCCUCUCUGACCGUUCCUCUUCCUGUCCUAGGAGUUUCCAAGCCAGCUUAAAAGCCUUUUCUGCAAGAGAGAAGACAAGAUAUGUUUCUGGUAAUAAUCACACUACUCUUGGAGAUCUUCUAGGCUCGUCUCACAUCGCAAAUGAGAUUGUGAACCCGAGCAGGCUCUCUGAAGAAAUCUUGAGAUGCAUAUCUUCUGUGUAUGUUACACUCUCCAGUUCUUCUUGUCUUCGCCCUUCUCCUUCACCUUCUUAUGUCUCUUGGAACCCAUGCCUUGGGGAAAGCAAAGAAGCAAGUGUUCCACGUGGCGUUGUGAUAGAGUCUCUGAAACUUCAGCUGGAUGAUACUAGUUUCAACCACGCAGCUCUUAUGCUCCAAAACUUCAGAUCGCUAGUUCAGAAGCUUGAGAAGGUUGAUCCGAGCAGGUUGAAACGAGAAGAGAAGCUCGCCUUUUGGAUUAACGUUCACAAUGCCCUCACAAUGCAUGCCUAUUUAGCAUAUGGAACUAACAACCGCGCAAGAAACAACUCUGUUCUAAAGGCAGCUUAUGACGUUGGAGGCUACCGCGUAAACCCUCACAUGAUCCAAAGCUCAAUCUUAGGCCUUCGCCCGCAUUUCUCACCACCUUUGCUGCAGACACUCUUUUCGCCAUCAAGAAAGUCGAAAACUUGCACUGUCAAACACACUUACGCCUUGGACUACCCCGAGGCGUUGGCUCAUUUCGCUCUUUCUUCAGGAGCUUCCACAGAUCCUCCUGUUCGGGUUUACAAAGCGGAUUGCGUGUUCAGGGACCUAAGAAGAGCCAAAGAGGAGUUUAUAAGAAACAACGUUCGCAUACAUGAUGAGACAAAGAUAGUGUUGCCUAAGUUAGUUCAUUACUAUGCUAAAGAUAUGUCGUUGGACGCAUCUGCGCUCGUGGAGACAACGGUGAAGUGUUUACCAGACUCCAUGAAGAGAGUUUCUCAGAGACUGUUGAAGAAGAAAAAUAGCAAAAACAUUGAAUUCUCACCGGAAAACUUGAGUUUCCGUUAUGUAAUCAUAUCAAGGCAUUGAUCAUGUAACGAAAAUGUACAUUAAAAAAACGUCACGUAGUUUUGUUUUAUUUCACAAA